UCUCGUGACAGUGUGGGAACCGACUGUGCUUGCGCAUAGAAGGCGUUUCGCUGCCGGAGUGAAAAUGGCGGCCUCCAGCGCGAGAGUCUGAGCGGUUCAGAGAAACGGGGCGCAGCAGCUGCAGGGUGGGCGCUGCGCUCGGUGACGGCAGCAGCGUCUGGGUCUGCCCGCCGCCCUUAUCUUCAGCGGCGGCUGCGGCCGGGGGGCAGCCGGGCUGGGGGAGUCCGGGCAGCGCAGCUCUUCGGCCAGGUCUGGGCACAAAAUGAAUAUAAUCAGGGAAAAUAAAGAUCUUGCUUGUUUCUACACAACAAAACAUUCGUGGAGGGGAAAGUAUAAGAGAGUCUUCUCAGUUGGAACCCAUGCCAUCACUACAUAUAAUCCGAACACACUAGAAGUUACAAAUCAGUGGCCUUAUGGAGAUAUUUGUAGUAUCGGUCCUGUUGGAAAGGGACAAGGAACAGAAUUCAGCCUCACCUUUCGUAAGGGGAGUGGAAAGAAGUCUGAAACUCUUAAGUUUUCUACAGACCAUAGAACAGAACUCAUUACGGAAGCACUGAGAUUCAGAACAGACUUUUCAGAAGGAAAAAUCACAGGAAGGAGAUACAACUGCUAUAAGCAUCAUUGGAGUGAGACGAGAAAACCUGUGAUUCUGGAAGUGACUCCUGGAGGGUUUGAUCAGAUUAAUCCUGCAACUAAUAAAGUCCUGUGUUCCUAUGACUACAGAAAUAUUGAAGGCUUUGCUGAUCUCUCUGACUAUCAGGGAGGUUUUGCUAUACUUUAUGGAGGAUUUAGUAGAUUGCACAUGUUUGCAUCUGAACAAAGGGAAGAAAUUAUCAAAAGUGCAAUAGAACAUGCUGGCAAUUACAUAGGCAUCUCCCUCCGAAUAAGGAAAGAACCUUUAGAAUUUGAGCAAUACUUGAGCCUUCGCUUUGGGAAAUACAGCACUGAUGAGUCUGUCACAUCUUUAGCAGAAUUUGUUGUUCAAAAAAUAACACCUAGACAUUUGGAACCUGUGAAAAGAGUAUUAGCCCUUACAGAAACUUGCUUAGUAGAGCGGGAUCCUGCUACUUAUAAUAUUGUGACACUGAAACCUCUAGGAGAGGUAUUUGCACUAGUAUGUGAUUGUGAAAAUCCACAGCUUUUUACUAUUGAAUUUAUCAAGGGACAAAUCCGAAAAUAUUCUUCAACAGAGAGAGAUUCCCUGUUAGCUAGCUUGCUGGAUGGAGUAAGAGCCUCUGGCAAUAGAGAUGUGUGUGUGAAAAUGACCCCAACACACAAAGGCCAGCGCUGGGGAUUGCUGAGCAUGCCUGUAGAUGAGGAAGUAGAGAGCCUUCACCUCCGGUUUUUAGCUGCUCCUCCAAAUGGUAAUUUUGCAGAUGCUGUGUUCAGGUUCAAUGCUAACAUCUCAUACAGUGGAGUUCUGCAUGCAGUAACACAAGAUGGUCUGUUCUCUGAAAACAAGGAGAAACUGAUUAAUAAUGCCAUAACAGCAUUACUGUCUCAAGAGGGGGACAUUGUAGCAUCUAAUGCAGAACUUGAAAGCCAGUUCCAAGCUGUGAGACGACUAGUUGCUUCAAAAGCUGGCUUCCUUGCCUUUACUCAGCUUCCGAAAUUUCGGGAACGUCUAGGAGUAAAGGUGGUGAAAGCUCUUAAAAGAAACAAUGAUGGAGUAACACAUGCUUCUAUUGACAUGCUGUGUGCUCUCAUGUGUCCUAUGCAUGAUGAUUACGACUUGAGGCAAGAGCAGCUGAACAAAGCUUCCCUUCUUUCUUCAAAGAAGUUUCUGGAAAACUUAUUAGAGAAAUUUAAUUCUCAUGUGGAUCAUGGGACAGGUGCCCUUGUUAUUAGUUCACUUCUGGACUUCCUUACAUUUGCCCUCUGUGCUCCGUAUAGUGAGACAACUGAAGGGCAGCAGUUUGAUAUGUUGUUAGAGAUGGUAGCAUCUAAUGGGAGAACCCUCUUUAAGCUCUUUCAGCAUCCUUCAAUGGCAAUUGUAAAAGGAGCUGGUUUGGUUAUGAAGGCAAUAAUAGAGGAAGGAGAUAAAGAGAUUGCUACCAAAAUGCAAGAUCUUGCCCUCAGUGAAGGUGCCUUACCUCGUCAUUUACGUACUGCUAUGUUUACAAUAAGUGCAGAUCAAAGGAUGCUUACAAAUAGACAGCUAAGUAGACAUUUAGUGGGCCUUUGGACAGCUGAAAAUGCAACUGCAAUGAGCUUGCUGAAACGUAUUUUGCCAUCAGGUUUGCUGGCAUACCUGGACAGUGCUGACCCUGUUCCUGAGAGAGAUGCUGACCGGAUGCAUAUUAGAGAUAAUUUAAAAAUUGCAACAGACCAGUAUGGCAAGCUUAGUAAAGUGCCAGAGUGGCAGAGACUGGCUGGAAAAGCUGCUAAAGAAGUAGAAAAAUUUGCCAAAGACAAAGUAGAUCUGGUUUUGAUGCACUGGAGGGACAGAAUGGGCAUUGCUCAAAAAGAGGACAGAAACAAUAUGAACAUUAAUCAAAAGCCAGUAAUACUAAGGAAACGAAGGCAAAGAAUAAAAAUAGAAGCAAACUGGGAUCUUUUCUAUUACAGAUUUCUUCAAGAUCAUGCUAGGUCAAAUUUGAUUUGGAACUUCAAAACACGGGAAGAGUUGAGAGAUACCCUUGAAUCUGAAAUGCGGGCAUUCAAUAUUGACAGAGAACUUGGCAGUGCUAAUGUUAUCUCAUGGAAUCAUCAUGAGUUUGAGGUUAAGUAUGAGUGCCUUUCAGAGGAAAUAAAAAUAGGGGAUUAUUACCUGAGAUUAUUGUUGGAGGAAGAUGAAACUGAAGAGAGUGGAGCAAUCAAAAAAUCGUAUGAAUUUUUCAAUGAACUUUAUCACCGGUUCUUGCUCACCCCUAAAGUGAACAUGAAAUGUUUAUGUCUACAAGCACUGGCAAUUGUUUAUGGACGAUGUCAUGAAGAAAUAGGACAAUUCAGUGACACUAAAUAUAUUGUUGGGAUGUUGGAAAGGUGCACUGAUAGACUUGAGCGGGACAGAUUGAUACUAUUCCUUAACAAGCUCAUUCUAAAUAAGAAAAAUGUUAAGGACCUCAUGGAUUCAAAUGGCAUUAGAAUCCUUGUGGAUCUGCUUACCAUGGCACAUCUCCACACAAGCAGGGCUACAGUACCAUUGCAAAGCAAUGUGAUUGAAGCAGCACCUGAUAUGAAGAGAGAAAGUGAGAAAGAGUGGUACUUUGGCAAUGCAGAUAAAGAGAGGAGCGGUCCUUACAGCUUUAUAGAGAUGCAGGAAUUAUGGACCAAGGGAAAGCUGACUGCAAAAACACGUUGCUGGGCUCAGGGUAUGGAUGGCUGGAGGCCAUUGCAGUUUAUCCCUCAGCUUAAAUGGUGCUUGCUAGCCAGUGGACAGGCUGUGCUGAAUGAGACUGACCUUGCCACGCUUAUCCUCAACAUGUUGAUCACAAUGUGUGGCUAUUUUCCCAGCAGGGAUCAAGAUAAUGCCAUUAUAAGACCUUUGCCCAGAGUAAAGAGGUUGCUUUCAGACAGUACUUGCCUUCCCCAUAUUACUCAGCUGCUGUUGACAUUUGACCCUAUCCUUGUUGAGAAAGUUGCCAUAUUGCUGUUUCACAUCAUGCAAGAUAACCCACAAUUAUCUCGUUUUUAUCUAAGCGGAGUAUUCUUCUUUAUCAUGAUGUACACAGGUUCCAAUGUACUUCCUGUUGCAAGGUUUUUGAAGUACACUCAUACAAAACAAGCUUUCAAGUCUGAAGAGACAAAAGGGCAAGAUAUAGUUCAAAGAAGUAUACUAGGACACAUACUUCCUGAAGCAAUGGUGUGUUAUUUGGAAAACUAUGAGCCAGAAAAAUUUUCUGAAAUUUUUCUUGGGGAAUUUGAUACUCCAGAAGCAAUUUGGAGCAAUGAAAUGAGGCGCCUUAUGAUCGAGAAGAUUGCUGCACACCUUGCUGACUUCACCCCUCGUCUUCAGAGUAAUACCAGAGCACUCUAUCAGUAUUGCCCUAUACCAGUUAUCAACUACCCACAACUGGAGAAUGAGCUGUUCUGUAAUAUUUAUUACCUCAAACACCUGUGUGAUACACUGCUAUUUCCAGAUUGGCCAAUUAAAGAUCCUGUUAAAUUGUUAAAAGAUACUCUGGAGGCUUGGAAGAAGGAGGUAGAAAAGAAGCCUCCUACAAUGUCAACAGAUGAUGCUUAUGAAGUUCUUAACCUUCCAAAAGGACAAGGACAGCAUGAUGAGAGCAAGGUCAGAAAAGCCUACUUCAGGUUGGCACAAAAAUAUCACCCUGAUAAGAACCCAGAAGGGAGGGAUAUGUUCGAAAAAGUGAACAAAGCAUAUGAGUUCUUAUGCACAAAAUCUUCCAAAGUGGUGGAUGGCCCAGAUCCAGAGAAUAUCAUCUUAAUUCUGAAAGCUCAAAGCAUCCUCUUCAACAGACACAAAGAAGAUUUGAAACCUUACAAAUAUGCAGGCUAUCCCAUGCUGAUUAAGACCAUUACUCUAGAAACUUCAGAUGAUCUUCUGUUUUCCAAGGAAUCUCCUUUGUUGCCUGCUGCUGCAGAGCUGGCUUUCCACACAGUCAAUUGUUCAGCACUUAAUGCAGAAGAGUUACGGAGAGAGAAUGGAAUAGAGGUCUUGCAAGAAGCAUUUAAUCGUUGUGUGGCAGUCUUGACUCGUUCCAGUAAACCCGAUGACAUGGCUGUACAGGUAUGUGGGCAUAUAAGCAAGUGUUACAGUGUGGCAGCUCAGUUUGAGGAGUGCAGAGAAAAGAUCACUGAAAUGCCUAAUAUCAUCAAGGAUCUCUGUAGAGUGCUAUAUUACGGGAAGAACAGUCCACGAGUGGCUUCCUUGGGAGUGGAAUGUGUCAGUUCAUUUGCUGUUGAUUACUGGCUACAAACACAUUUGUUUCAAGCUGGAAUUUUGUGGUAUUUACUCGGUUACCUUUUUAACUAUGAUUAUACACUAGAAGAGAGUGGCAUUCAGAAGAGUGAAGAUUCUAAUCAGCAGGAAGUAGCCAAUAGUCUCGCCAAACUCAGUCUUCUUGCUUUGAGUCGUCUUGGAGGGUAUUUGUGUGAAGAACAAGUUACACCUGAAAAUCCAGCAAUAAGGAAAAGCUUGACUGGAAUGCUGACACCAUAUGUUGCAAGGAAACUUGCUGUGGCUGCUCCUACUGAGAUUCUGAAGAUGCUCAACAGCAACACAGAGAGCCCCUACUUGAUCUGGAACAAUGGGACAAGAGCUGAACUUCUUGAAUUCUUGGAAUCGGAACAAGAAAGCAUGAUAAAAAGAAGUGAGUGUGACAAAAGCUAUGGAUCUGAAUUUGUCUUCAGUGACCAUGCAAAAGAACUUAUUGUGGGAGAGAUUUUUGUUAGAGUUUACAAUGAAGUCCCUACUUUUCAGCUAGAGUUUCCAAAAGCAUUUGCUGCAAGCCUUUUGGAUUACAUUGGCUCACAGGCACAGUACCUUCACACGUUAAUGGCUAUCACACAGACUGGGAAAGUAGAGUCUGAUCAACAUGGAGACCGGUUACGGAGGGUUGAAAUGGCAUUGGAGGCUCUGAGAAAUGUCAUAAAACAUAACCCAGGUUCUGAGUGUGAAUGCAUAGGUCACUUUAAGCUGAUAUUCUCUCUUCUGCGUGUCCAUGGAGCUGGCCAAGUGCAGCAGUUGGCUUUAGAGGUGGUGAACAUAGUGACUUGUAACCAGGAAUGUGUUAACAAUAUUGCUGAGGCAAUGGUUCUUUCCAACUUACUGACUCUCCUGCAUUCCCUGCCUUCAAGUCGGCAGCUUGUUCUUGAAACUCUCUAUGCCCUGACAUCUAGUACAAAAAUAAUUAAAGAGGCCAUGGCAAAAGGUGCUUUAAUCUACUUAUUAGAUAUGUUCUGCAAUUCAACACAUCCACAGGUCCGAACCCAGACAGCAGAGCUUUUUGCCAAAAUGACUGCAGAUAAGCUUGUGGGUCCAAAGGUUAGAAUUACACUAAUGAAGUUUCUGCCUGGAGUCUUUAUGGAUGCCAUGAGAGAUAAUCCUGAAGCUGCUGUUCAUAUUUUUGAAGGAACGCAUGAAAAUCCUGAGUUAAUUUGGAAUGAUCUCUCCAGGGAGAGAGUAUCAGCAACCGUUCGAGAAAUGAUGCUAGAGCACUUUAAACUUCAGAAGGAUAACCCUGACACUAACUGGAAGCUGCCUGAAGACUUUGCUGUGGUGUAUGGUGAAGCAGAAGGUGAACUUUCUGUAGGGGGAGUCUUCUUAAGAAUCUUUAUUGACCAGCCAGCCUGGGUUCUACGAAAACCUAGAGAAUUUCUUAUUGCACUGUUGGAAAAAUUCACUGAACUGCUGGAGAAAAAUAACCCCCAUGGGGAAACAUUAGAAACUGUAACAAUGGCAACUGUGUGCCUCUUCAGCACUCAGCCUCAGCUAGCAGAUCAAGUCCCACCACUUGGUCAUCUCCCCAAGAUUCUCCAGGCUCUAAAUCACAAGAACAAUGCUAUUCCUAAAAGUGCUGUUCGUGUCAUACAUACACUGUCUGAUAAUGAGCUUUGUGUUCGAGCAAUGGCAUCACUUGAGACCAUUGGCCCUUUGAUGAAUGGAAUGAAAAAGCGAUCGGAUACGAUUGGUCUAGCCUGUGAAGCACUUAAUCGAAUGUUUCAAAAGGAGCAGAAUGAUUUGGUAGCCCAAGCUUUGAAAGCAGAUUUGGUUCCGUAUCUCCUAAAAUUGCUUGAAGGUGUUGGCCUAGAAAAUUUGGAAAGCCCAUCUGCCACAAAGGCUCAGAUAGUUAAAACCUUGAAGUCUAUGACUCGCAGCCUACAGUAUGGAGAACAGGUAAAUGAAAUCCUGUCUCAUUCAUCUGUGUGGAGUGCCUUCAAAGAUCAGAAACAUGACUUGUUCAUUUCUGAGACACAAACAGUAGGAUACCUCACAGGGCCUGGAGUUGCUGGCUACCUUACUGCAGGAACGACAUCCUCUGUAAUGCCCAGUGUACCACCCCCUGUAGACAAUGAAUUGGGAGAUACCAGCUAAUGGAUUUGAAAUACCCAUGAAAGACUUCUUUAAAGGCAGAUUGGCCAGUGACGAGGAACAGCACUUUCCUCCGUCUGAUGCUUUGAAAUGAACUCCUACUGCCUUUCCAAUUGUUUCCUGACAGUGUUAUUCCUUUUUCUAUGAAUAUAUUUUUUUUAGGGAAAAAAGUCAGUGGGUCUGUCACAUUAUAACAUAAGAGAGCACUCUAAGGAUCAGCCCAAAUGGGUACACAAGAAUUUUUUCUUGUUGUACAUAAGCACAUUGUGUUCCUUUCUAUUUGUUUACAAGACUGUGAAUCAAACAACUUUUUCCUAGCUUUUAUAUUUUAUGAAUUAGCAUGACUGGAGUUGAACUACAGUCUAGAAGAAUUGGGCUAAGUCACUUGACCACCCCCCGCAUCCCGACUAACAGGGCAUUUUCCUCCUCUGCUCCAAGUCCUGAUGAUCAUUCUCAUUGAACAUGACUUACUAGAGGUUUGUCCCUGCACCGGUUCACUGAUAUCCGUAAUCAUUAACGUUAUCUUCCUGAGAUCAAACCACAUUAGACACUUGUAUGUAUAACUGGCUUUACCAAAUUGAAAACACUUCAGCAAAAAAAAAAGUAAAAAAAAAAGUCAACCUGGUAUGUAAGAACCUAGUGUAAUUGUGAAAUGUUCUAUACAUUAUCCAGUAUAUAAAAGCUUUCUAUAUUGAAUGUACAUUAUACAGAUCAUAUGUACAUAAAAUUUUAAAAAUAAAGGGAAUUGAGAGCCUUGUUACUGAGA